AAGAAACAUGCAAGUCAAGGCGCUAAUUAUCCUCUCCCUGGCACUUUUCGCCCUGGUCCAAGCCGAAGAAGAGCAUCCGGCCACGGAAGUUAAGCGAUGCUCUGGAAAUAAGCCUUUUCCACUGGAGGUGCGAGUGCAUAACUGCAUUACUCCUCCCUGCAACAUUGUGAAAGGAUCUAAUCAGAAAUUCGAAAUUGAUUUCGCCGUGGACAAGUACAUAACCAAACUGACGACCCUGGUGAAGGCCACUACCCUGGGAAUAAUUACGGUGCCAUAUGAGCUGCCCGCGGAUAUAGCUGCAGUCUGUCCCAAUCUCAUGUACGGCGCCUACUGUCCCCUCUAUGCGACGGAAGAUGUCACCUACCUGUUCGACUUCCCAAUCGGCGAGUACCCGGAAAUCGGAGUAAAGAUCGAAAUUUAUCUGGUGGACCAGGACAACGAAAUCGCUACCUGCUUCGUGUGCGACAUCAAGGUGGUCAAGGGAAAUGGCGGCAGCUCGGUCUACCAACUGGACUUUCUCAACAGGCUGACUUAGAGACUUGUGGAAACUCCAUACCCAAUUGGUUAUAUUUACUGUGAUAUAUCUAUCAAAUUAUUUUUAUUCCAAAAAACCAAAGCAGUCUAAAUCAGACCCUGAGCUCACCCACGAUGUCUCAUGAAUAUUUAAUAAAAUUUUAAAAGCCCUCCCGCAUACAUGAGGGGUUCUUUUCCUAAGUACAA